UUUGGUGUUCACAUGGAAGUAGAAGCUGCACCAGUGUCGGAAACUCCGUUUUCUCGAGAAAAAGCAGUACCAUUUCUGGUUCGCACCUUCGUGAAAAUCGGCAGCUUCCACCGCAUCCAGCUCUUCGAAGAGGGCACUUUGCCGACGACCGACGAGCAGCAACUGUUCACUUGGAAAGAUGCAACACUACGCGAAGUCUUGAGCACACUGCGCAAUACCGCGCCUCACGUGGCUGAAUAUCGCCACCCACUCGCGCGAUUCAGCUUCCGCACCGUCUACGUCGAGCAGGGCAGCAGGGGCCGCUUCGUGUCCAAAGACCUGGGGAUGGUUUAUUCGCGUGACAUCCUUGGCGAGCCAGGCUCGCUGAACUCAACCGCGCCGCGACUGCUGGACGAUUCGUGGGAGCCCCAACAACAGGAGGUGACAGACAAAGAGCGCGAAGAGCGGACCCUUGAUGAGCUUCGUUUCGUCCCCGGCGACUUCCUCCUUAUCGCAGUCCUCCUCCCGAAAAGCGUCAGUUUGCCCUCCGAAAUAAACAUUAAGGGUGCCGCGCCGUCAUCUGCGAAUGGCUGGCAAAAUAGAAAGGGAGAUUCUGGGUGGGGCCCGGGGUCGCAGCUUGCUGGAAUUGCGAGAGGGCUGGGUGGGCAUUGGAGAGGUGAAUCAAAUCCACCCCCACCUGGCCGUGGAAGAGGGAGGGGAACAUCUCGCAGAGAUUCUCCGCCUCCAAGAGGACAACCUUGGUCCCGUUCCCGCUCAAGAUCGCCUCCAAGACGGCGAAGAGAUUGA